AUGGGCGGCGGCGAGGGCGACUGCUGCCCGGGCCCCGGGGGCGGCGGCAGGUGCUCGGCGGACGUGCGCGUGGAGGACUUGCUGGCGUCAGGCCCGAGCUCCUCCGCGCACGGCCACGCCGAGGACCCCGAGGACUCCUACGAUUGGUACACGUUCCCGCGCGCCAUGGAGGCGCUCGCCGCCGACCCGCACGCCCGGGCGGCGCUCGCUACCAUGGCGUGCGCGCUGGCCGCGGGCGCCGCCGGAGGCACGGUGCCCAACCAGUGGGGCGGCGUCUUCGGGCAGGAGUGGACCGCGCGGGCCUUCUCGAUGCUCCCAGGGCCGCCCCUGAAGCUGGAGCCCAGCGGAUGCACCAUCGCGUCCUUGCUGGCGGCGUCGGCGGACGCGGGCGGGAGAGACACGGGCGUUGAGGGCGGCGUCGCGGAGGAGGACCCCGAGGCCGCCAUGGGCGAGCCGCCGAGCAAGAGGCCGCGCGCUGAGCCAGGCGGCGCCGCCGCGUGA